CUUGCCCAUUUGGAAUAUGAGAUCCGUUAAGGCAGCGAUUUUGCUCGGUAGCUUUUUGCUGCUGUUGGCAGUGCCCGUACAUUCGGCACCUGGUAGCCUCAACGGUCGAGUGGUGGGCGGUGAGGAUGCCGUGAAAAAUCAGUUUCCCCACCAGGUGUCCCUGAGGAACGCCGGCUCCCACAGCUGUGGAGGUUCGAUUCUGUCCAGGAACUACGUCUUAACCGCUGCCCAUUGUGUAACCAAUCAGGACUCAAAUGGCAAUUCCGUUCCAAUUGCUGCGGAGCGUUUCACCAUUCGAGCGGGCUCCAACGAUCGAUUCAGCGGUGGAGUCCUUGUCCAGGUGGCCGAGGUAAUUGUCCACGAGGAGUAUGGUAACUUCCUUAACGACGUUGCUCUGCUGCGACUAGAGAGCCCACUGAUCCUGUCCGCGAGUAUUCAGCCCAUCGAUCUACCCACUGCGGAUACUCCAGCGGAUGUGGACGUCAUCAUUUCCGGCUGGGGAAGGAUCAAACACCAGGGAGACUUGCCACGCUAUCUGCAGUACAACACCCUGAAGUCCAUUUCCUUGGAGAGGUGCGACGAACUGAUCGGCUGGGGAGUCCAGAGCGAGUUGUGCCUCAUCCACGAGGCCGAUAAUGGAGCGUGCAAUGGGGACUCCGGUGGUCCGGCCGUAUAUAACAACCAAGUGGUGGGCGUGGCCGGGUUCGUGUGGUCCGCCUGUGGAACGAGCUAUCCAGAUGGAUAUGCCAGGGUGUACUACCACAACGAAUGGAUUAAGAAUAACUCGGAUGUGAAAUAAUGCUGGCAUAGCUGUAUUGAGGGAAUUUCAUUUAAAUAACUGCUCAACGAUAAUAAGAAUUGUUUGUGUUGACUAUCAAUAAAGUUUUCAUUUU